AUGGAGGUCGUGCAGGAAGCCGCAGGGGGACCCCAGCUGCUGCACUUGGGGGCUGGGGUCACCGCUCUGCUCUUGACGGUUGUGGCCGUGUGCUCCCUGCCCUCCCUGAUGGAUUACUGGAGGCGAUGGUGGGUGAUGAAGCCGAUCCCAGGAAUCAGCCCGUGCUAUCCUGUGCUGGGAAAUGCUCCACUCUUGGAGCGGGAGGGAGAAGUUUUUUUUAAACAAUUGCAAUCUUACGUUGAAGAGUUCAGGAGUUGGCCGUUGUUCAAACUUUGGAUGGGACCAUUGCCUGUUGUGAUUUUGUAUCACCCUGACAGUGUGGAGGUUAUUCUGAGCAGUUCGAAACAUAUAGAAAAAUCAUACCUGUACAAAUUCCUGCAGCCGUGGCUGGGCACUGGACUUCUGACAAGCACCGGAGACAAGUGGCGGUCGCGGAGGAAGAUGAUAACUCCCACGUUCCACUUUGCAAUCUUAACUGACUUUCUAGAGGUUAUGAAUGAACAAGGAGGUAUUUUGUUGGAGAAACUUGAGAAGCAUGUUGACAAGGAACCAUUUGAUGUCUUUCUGGACAUCACUCUGUGUGCCCUUGAUAUCAUCUGUGAAACAGCAAUGGGCAAGAAUGUGGGUGCUCAGGAGAAUAAGGAUUCUGAGUAUGUUCGUGCUAUCUACAGGAUGAGCGAUCUAAUCCAACAGCGACAGAAGAGCCCUUGGCUUUGGUCUGAUCUUGUAUAUAUGCUGUUCAAGGAAGGAAGAGAGCAUGAGAAGAACCUCAAGAUCCUUCACAAUUUUACGGAUACAAUCAUUGCAGAAAAAGUUGCAGAACUUGAAAACACCAAGCAAACAAAAUGUGAUACUGAUGGGAACUGUGAAGAAAGCGGCUCCAAAAAGAGAAAAGCUUUCCUGGACAUGCUGCUGAGUGCGACAGAUGAUGAAGGGAACAAAUUGAGCUACAGGGACAUUCGUGAGGAAGUGGAUACUUUCAUGUUUGAGGUACCCAAGGAACCC